AGUGCAAGAGAUUUGAAAGCAAUGGAAGCUCAAGAUUCUGAGUAUUUCCAUUACCACAUUUUGGCGGAAGUGGUUCUUUGGGAGGUGGAAGCAACACAAGCAGUAGUGGCAGUGGAAUGCGAGUACUUCGUAUAUCCUCUCUAGGUGGAUUAGACCCAGAGACGGCCGAAAUUGCUGAGGAACAACUUCUUGGCACAGACAUCAUGUUCUUUGUGGCCUUUGCAGCUGCUUUUAUCUUCAACUGGGUAGGGUUCGUGUUGCUCCUUUGUUUCUGUCACACAGUAGCUGGCCGCACAGGAGCUCUUGCAGGGUUUGGUCUUUCCUUGGCAAAGUGGGCUGUUAUUGUUCGCCAUUCCACAGACCUGGUAGCUGACUCCAACACUUGGCUUCUGUGGCUCAUUAUGGCUCUUGGUAUGCUGAUAUGUAUGCGUGCCAUCCUUCAGUAUGUUCAUGCUAAGCGAGAGUGGCACCAAGUCCCCCAUAAUUCUCGCCAUAGAUUUUUCCUCUUUUAUUGAGUCUGUUAAUGGAAAAUCAAGUUGGGGGUUUACCUCUUCAUCUGAAGCAUUUGAGUUUAUGUCAAUCAUCACCCAUAUAUUCUUUUUAGACAGCUGUUAACUUGUUGCCAAGAAUGUUUCAAUGAAAUGUGCUGACAAUGGAUCAUCAUAUGAAUGUUGAAGUAUACUUGGAGGUAAGUUAAGUAGAAAUGGAUGCAUUGCUAUACUUCUUUUAUGCAUAUACCUAAGCUCUUUGGCAAUCAUUCAGAUGAAAUUGGAGCUUUUCAAUAUUGUAGUAGGGCCUUAUAAUUCUGGUAACUAGAGUACAGUAAUAAGGCUAUACAAAAAGUUCUUAGGCUGAUAUUCAUUUUUUUAAUAAGCCUAUGAAUGACUUAAAUCAUUGGUAUUAUAUUUGUAUUAGGUCAUGUUUAUCAUUGAACAUGAAUAUUUAUUGCAGUGCACAGUUGAAAAUUUCUCAUUAAAGGAAACCAUCUUUAUGUAUUUUGUAGCAUGUUGAAUUGUAGUGGAAAGCUUACAUAUAUAUACAAUAUACCUAUAAAAUGUUCAUAGCUGUUGGUGUGUUGGGUAAAAGCCACAUGUUUUAGGACACCUGUAUUUUGUUACCUGCUCAUCACAGUUCUUGCCACAUUCUUCAUGUUAAAACUUAUUUUUUUUAAUUAGGGUUGAAUUUUAGCAGUAAAGCAUUUAAAAAAUUAAACUAGUUUUUAUCUUUAUGGGGUUUUAAGAGCCAAGUGUUUAGGACAAGAUAUGAAAUGUGUUUACUCUCUUAAAUUUAGGAUAAUUAGCUGUCACAGUGCAUAUGUUCACUACCUGUAAGAAAGAGGCAACUGUUUCAUUUGGAUUGUUAGCUUGAAUGAUAAAUAGUUUAUUCUCAUUUGCUUUCUUGGUACAGGUGCAGUGUAGGCAUUAUCUGUAUUGGUUAAGUUGAAAUGUUGUUAGUCAAAAGUCUGCAAGUUUUAAUAUGCAUGAAAAAUUCAUGAGAUUCUUUAGUAAAAAGUGGCAAAAGAAUUUGAGAAAAAUUAUAGAAAAUAUUAUGCAAAAUGUCUAUGCUUUUCUAAUGUACUGUGUACUAGUUACGCGUUUAAUGCUGUUGGAAGUGUAGCUUGAGUACAAGUAUUGUACAAUUUUGAUAUAAAACAACCAUUUAUUACCACUGGCAGUGAAGCUAAGACAUAUACAAAUAAAGAUGAGCUUGAUGAGAUCAUUCAUGUUUAGAAUGUGGCUUAUUAAAUAUCUGAAGGAUUAUAGACAUAAUAGUAAAUGUUCUUUGAUAUUUGAUUUGUUAGGGUUUUAAGAACGUAUUUUCUGGGUAUUUAUAGUUAUAUCUAAGAGAAGCACAAACCUUCCAUAGAAUUUCCAUUUUCUUGAUGUUGAAUCGUUUUUGAACUGAUAUUUUUACCAAAAAUUAUUGAGAAGUGAGGAAUUUUUUAACAUAUACUAGAAGGGGCUCAUUUCCAUCCGAUUAAUCUCUAUUUUACCGGAAUGUCUUCGUUGCUUUGUCAUUUAGAUUAUAGGUAACAAAAAUACUGUAAGUAACAAGAGUAAAUGAUUUUAUUGUGUAUGAUCACUUCACUGACCAGGAAGGGACCUUUUGUGUUUUUAAUCCUAUUUUGUAAUUUUUAAAGAUAAACAUAGCCACAUAUACAGGUUUAUAAACUGAUCACUGUAUGGAAGUAAGCAAUCAAAGUAUAAAAGUAAGUGGACAUUUUUAUUUGAUAUAGCUCAUCAUGUUUUGUUGUUAUACAAUUAUUCAAGAGGACCAUUGAAGAUGUUAGUUUGCAAACUAGUCUAUCGUAAUAAUCUUUAUCAUAAGGUAGACUUCACACUUGUUUUGUUUAUCUGCAUGCUUAUUGUUUUUAGGGAAAUGCUUUCUUUCUUGACAUAAAGUUGUUUGAUUAAAAUUUUGAUCAACAGCAUGUAGAACUUUGAAAGAUGUUUGAAUUGUUUUAAAAGUACUGGGUUAUCAUUUUGAAGAAAAAAUCUGAAUGCAAUAAAGAUAAACUUUUAGUGGCGGGUCUGCUUUAAGAGGAUAGCAAAUGGUUAUUUACAAAGUAUGUGGACAAAGUACUGAAAUGAUUUUAUUUGGUGAGUAGGUGAGCAAAAUAUCUUUAAAGCUUGUGGCCAAAACUGUUAACCUUUCUGUUAUGUACAAUCACUUGGAUAAAGUUUUCAACCAACACAAGCACAGUUACCUUAGUUAGAAGGAAAAUGAGUUUUGGGGAUUUCAUGUAAAUAUUCAAGGUUUGAGUAUCCAGUUGCAAAAAAGGCUAGUUUAUUUUGUGGUUUUCAGACAGCCUAUUGUUGGUGCUACCUCAGGCUUUACAUAAACUCACAACUAAAGAACAAUAUUGACUUUGUGUGGUAGCUUUACAUUUUCCUUUCAUUAACUGAGAUUGCAUGGCCCUUUGGAUCAUAGAUUUUGUUGCUUAUAACAUGGACAGAUAUUGUUAGGUGGAUUUAGAGUGCAUUAACAUGUUCUGCAUAAUAUUCUUUGACAGUAUUUAAAGGUUGAUGGGAUGGUUGUUGUAUAGUCCUUUUUCAAUCAGGGAAAUUACUGAUUGGCAGAAUAAUAAAGAAGCUUGUGGCACACAGGUUGUACUGAUAAAACUUUUAAAAUUGAUGCAGGGCCUUUUUAAAUUUGUUUUAUUGUUUUGAAGUCUCUUUUAGAGCUCAUGAUGAGUUUUAAGAUUUUCAUAGUACUUAGAAAACAUUUUUCUCUCUCUUUCUGUGUGUGUGUAUGUUGUAUAUCAUCUUUUACCAAAAUAAUUUAAUAUAUCAGUUGACACAUAGUUUGCCAUCUGACUUACUGCUGUGAUGUAAUUAAUUAUAUUUAGUGGAAAUGGAAACUUUUUUUUUUUUUUUUUUUUUUUUUUUUUUUUUCCUUCCUCCUAAAUAGAUCUUUCUUUAAGCAAUAUGGAAGGCUCUUUAUAGCAUUUGUUGCAUUUCUCUCAUUCAUUUACUUUCAUCUAUUUCCUCAAGUCCCUUCUGAUCUAGAUAUAAAACUUCAUCUUUUCUUGUAAAUUGUAUAGGCCAACCCUAAUCGAGUGAGGAGAUGACGUUGUGUGUUUCUGACUGUUUAUUUUGGGUUUGUGUGCUACUGACAAUGUAUUUUGGAUAUAAUUUUUUAUUGCCAGAUUGAGUUUUAAACCAUGAGAGUAACCAAGUACAUUUUAAAAUGUUGUGCUUGUCACAGCCUAUAAGUUUUGUGUGUGUGUGAGAGAGAGAGAGAGAGAGAGAGAGAGAGAGAGAGAGAGAGAGAGAGAGAGAGAGAGAGAGAGAGAGAGAGAGAGAGAUAUAACCCAUGUUCUUGUCCACUUACUUUCAUUUAUAUGAAACAAUUGUUUUAUUGUAGUACCAUCAUUUCUUUGUUUUCUUUUACCCAUAACUAUUUUGUGAUAUAACUGAGCUUUACAUAUUCAUUUUAUUUUUGUCAGGACAGAAUAUAUUUUGGGGUACAUAAUCACAACUUAAAAUUACAGAACUUUAAAUGCUGUUUAGAUAAAAGAAAAAUAGACUACGUGCGUAUGCCAGUUAUUGUCACUCUAGUAUGUUUAUGAUAGAUAAGUAUUGCCAGAUGCUCAUCAGUGUUGUUCAGUAUACUACUUUUAAGUUAGUUAUUUGAAAUGCUGUGUAUAAUGUACUAGUACUUGGAAAAAGUGAAAUUUGAUAAGUUUUUCGUGACAUCCUUUGUUAGCCUUGUGCAUUAGUGUUGUAUUGCAAUAUUGCUAGGCCGUUUCUUUAGCUGUUGAACCAGUUCUGACAAAAAGUUGAGGUGUGCUUGCAAUUGAAUUAAGAGUUAGUGAGCAACUGUAACUGGGUAAUGGGAAUACAAUAGAAGGUUAGGGAUUUCUGAGGCAUUAAAAUUCAAAAUUGGAAACCUAAAAGGUAAUUCAUUCAUAAAAGUGAACGUUUCAAAUAUCUUUGGCUUUUACCAUUGCUUUAGAAUGAUGAAGAGAUUUAUGAAUUAAGCUAUAGCCUUCUUUAUGUAGAUAGAUGAAAAGUAAAUAUUUAUGUACACAGACUUUAAACAUUUAAAGAUAUAUUAAGAAUUGAGAAGCCAUUGAAAUAUUGUAAAUUUUGGUUUACUUUUCAUAUUUUAUAUACAUAUAUAUAUAAAUAUACAGUAUGUUAGUUUAUAGGCUUACAUCCCUCAUUUUCACCUACCUAAACUUUUUUCCUAAUGAUGAAAGGAUAUGUUAAGGAACUUAUGAGAUAAUCCUUCAGUAUUCAUCUUGGACAUUCUUAGCUUUAGAUGUGACCCAUCAUUUUCACUGCAGUAGAGCAUCUAGUCAACUGGCAAGGUUUGAUUACGUAUUUUUAUCAUUUAGCAAGAAAAAGGAUUUUAAAGAAGAUAUAACAGUGAUCAAUAAUGUGCUCAGAUCUUCAUUCCAUUGUGUGAGUGUUAAAGAAACUGUGUUGUAUUCAUAAGGGAAUGUUUUGUGUUUAGUAAUAAUGGGAAACUUUAAUUGAAAAAAUUUAGUCAUGUGUUCUUUAUUUUAUUAGAAUGCUAUAGUUUCCCUGAUUCUGGUGGUGUUCAUAAUUUCUUCCUCUCCCUUGUUUCAAGCAUACCUUAAGGAAAGUAAAAUACAUAUAGCCUUUUUUUUACAUUUUGAAUAAAGUUUUAUCAAGAAUGAAUGGAAGGUUUGCACUAAUUGCACGAACAAAUGUUCUUUACAUUUUGGAUCCUGUAAUGUUGAAGUGUAGGUUCCAGUGAAAACUUUGUAGUUUAUGAUAGUUUUGCUAGUGUUGGCAGGUCAUACUUUCAGGUGUUUGGUAUCGUAAAAUUCUUGACAAAAGCAUUUCAAGAGAGUUAUCAAGCAAUACUAAAUAAUAACAGCAAAAAAUGUUGACAAGAAUUAUUGUUCAUUUUAUGUGAUGAUACUUAUUUGGUACCAUGUGCAAAUAAAGCAGACUUUUAACUCUG